GCACCCAUCCACCGGGGAACGAGUGGCCCAUCGCGACCUGGGCUGGCCGGAUUGCGUCUGACAGGCCCAAGCAGGCCCAAGCAGGCCCAAGGCGAGCAAGGGGAAUACUAAGUAGGGUCGAGGGUGGGCCCUAGCCACCCUUUGGGACCGCCAACGAGAACAGACCUGCCGGUUGCUGCUCAGUCACCUCGAAAAAGCACGUCCUGCAUGAAGCUGCAAUAUUAACCUCCAUAUCUCGACUGCUCAUCCAGAGCUAUGGCGCCGCUGUCACAGCCCAACGGGAUCACUGCCACUGCCACUGCGAGACUCGAGUUCCCUUCACUGUCGGCGCAAUCCUCAGUGCAUCCCUUCUACUCUUCAACCACGCUCUCCAGCUCGACCUCCGACCUCAGCAACUUCAACGACCUCUCCGAACCCCUCUCCCCUCGAAUUCUCUACGCGCAGUCCUUCGAUCGACCGUCAUCAGCUCGCAGCCUGCCCUCUUCGAACAGAUACAGGAAGAACAUGAAGGAAAUGACGGGCUUUGGGACAACGGAGGAGGAGUUCGAAGCACUGCCAAUUGCAGUCCGAAGAAAGUAUUUCUCGACAUUAGAGAGAUUAAGGUUCGCGCAGAACAGCCGAUCGAACGCUCUCAGCGAGCUCCCCAUACAAAGCCACCGCAAGAGCUCGCUGGCGGAUCGGCGAGGGAUCAAUGUUCCACUGAUCGAGCCUCGACGAAAACUGUCCACGUCUCGGCGGUUACGGAGUAUUUCAAGACAACAGUCCGUAUCGAGUAAUGAAGCGUCUUGGUUCCUGACGCUUCCGGAAAAGAUCAAGAAGAAGCAAUUCACAAGAGAGGAACAAGUGGUAUUGGCUGCCCGCCUACGAGAGAGUGUCAUUCUUGACGCAGCUGAUGAAGCAAUAUACAAAGCUAGUCGUCGAGCAAGUCGCAAUUUGACGCCUCUGUUCGACCCUUCGAUUCCAUCAACACCUCGAAGUAGUACGGAUAGCUAUCUCGACCCCGAUAGCAACCUCGACUCAACCUCUGUCAUGGCAGCUGCGAUGUAUGAGAGCUUUCGGUGGAUGGAUGAAGACGACGACCUGGAUCUGAAAUUGGUGUUGGACGACUACCACGCGAACCUCCCUGGCGUUGUGAUUCCCACAUCAUCGAGCGACAGACGACCCUCAUUUCGACGACAAAUGUCAAUAUCGAAGAUGCCUUUUGGCAGAAGCUCCUUCUCCUCUCCUCGUUCUCCUAAGUUCGAACAUACACCCACCAAUCACAAUCGGCAAAAGUCUCGAGCAUUGUCCCUCAUCGCACCGAAACAUGGUGCCCACGACUCGGUGUCAUCGAUAGACCCCAACGCCAAACAUUACCAAGAUCCCGAAGCACGAUUGAAGCUACGUGUAUACCUGGCAUCACCACAAAAGUUCGAUGAAGCAAUUGAGUUUGGAUUUCCUUCUAUAAAUGGAGUGACCGAUGGAGACAAGGAGAACAAACCACCGAAGCGAGUAUCGAAGGAUUUGGCGACGGCCAAGAAAUCAUCAAGCACCGAGAAAUCUUUCCUGGCCGACGACAACGCCUCGUUAUUCGAAGACGACGUAUCAAUGAACGACCCCGACUCCCCAAUAACACCACUAUACAGCGAAUUGCGGUCUCAGUCUCGAGCUAUGGUAACACCAGUGACAGGAGGCAGCAAGAGUUCCGCAGACUACACACAUCUCGGGAUCAGCAAGCCGACUUUAAUCAAGCAACCCGAAUCAUAUGCACAAGCAAUGGCAGGAAAUAGGGAGAUGACACUGAGGAUGACACUUACAAGACCUGAUCUUCGGGCCGAUGAGAGUACAAUUUAUGGAUGGCAGGCUACGAAGAGUCCCCUGCGAGAAGGAUCCUUGACGCCAGAAGACGACGAGAAAUUCGCCGUGAAAGGACCAUUUGGUGGUAAUGAUGGUUGGGGACUGAUGGACAAGGAAGACGGCGUGGUGAAGCGGUUUUGGAACAAGGUGAAAAGCACCCAGCGAAAGACAUCAUAGAAUGCCCAGGGGUGUCUUAUUUGCAUGUUUUUAAGCGUGGAUUUGAUUUCCUUGGGAAUGCCUUGGGGCAUGGCAUGGCAUGGCAUAGCGGUAAUGCAUCCGGGCUUCGACUUGAUACCACGUAUGAAUAUAAUCAUUUAUCGUUUGUCUAUCUUGAUGCUUGGGAUGUGACUUUACCUCAGCCAGGGAACUAAUAAAAGACAUGCUUUGAACGACGGA